GAGUUUAUGUAACAUCGCACUCAGGCUGGAUCACUGGUAAACACUUGUUCCCUAUUUGAGGUGUCAUUUGAUAGGUUUUGUUUAACACAUUUUGUGUGUGUGUGUGAGUUAUAUGUAACGUUGAGGUGUUUGUAACUAGGCUGGUGGCCCCCAAAAAAAGGUAUGAUGUAUUAUUGUGUUUGAGAAUUUUGAAUAAUAUAUGCUGUUGUGUUAUAGUUGUGUUUGUGACCUUGAGGGUUUGUAUUUGAAUGCACAUGAGAGAUGUUUUAUUUGUGUAUGGGGGUCUUCUCUCUGUGUAUGUGUGUGUGUGUGUGUGUGUGUGAAGGCUUAUCAGCUCACAGCAGCUUUCUGUCAAGGCUUCUUGGCCAAGCAGCUAUCAGAAAGAGCAUAACAUUGUCACCAAAGGAAACUCACCCUGUCUUUUCCCUCAGUCUGUUGUCACCGUGAGGAAUUAUUCUGAGGCACUUUAACAUUCACCAAAUCUAAAUGGACUCUCCCGGUCCAAAAGACAUUGAGGCGAACCCAACAGGAAGUGAGAAGAUGGAAUGUCCGGUUCUGACUCAACCUGGCCUUGGUGAAACCACGACGACAGUGACCACCAUCACUCAGACAGGAGGAGACUGGAGCACAGGACUGUUUGAUGUGUGUGGUGAUGCCAGCACAUUGCUGAUGGGUGCGUUUGUGCCCUGUUGUUUGGAUCUGAGUCUGGCUCAUCAGUAUGGAGAAUGCAUGUGUCUGCCUCUGCUGCCCGGCUCUACUUUUGCCAUGAGGGUGGGCAUCAGAGAGCGCUUUAAGAUCAGGGGCAAUGUGUGUGAGGACUGGAUGACGGUGUAUUGCUGUUACCCUCUGGCCCUCUGUCAAAUGAUCAGAGAGAUGAAGAGGAGGCUGAAGACACAGAUCUACACAGUGUCUACUGCACUGGAGAGCUCCUGAGAAUGGCAAGGCUAAAAGACUGAAGGCCAUCAUAGCUGUCAGGAUGUUUAUUACCCGGGGUCCUGAACUUCACGCAGGGUUAGACAUAUCAGUACUCUCUGCUUGAAGAUUGAUGCCGCUGACAUUUCAUUCUGACUGCGAGACGGAGUGACAUAUGGGUGGAGAGACGGAUGAGAGGAGAAGAGCUGUCUGAUGAUUUCUGGGACGGUGUACGCUUUGAUUUCAGAACGCUCUUUCUCAGUACAUAAACAUAUGCCUGUAUCACUAUAUGGAUUCUGUCAGCUUUUAAUCAUUUUUCAAAGACAAAACGGAUUUUUCAUAUCCUAUCUGCUCUACAAUAAAGUGCUUUUAACACA